AAAAAAACUUGUGGGGAUUAGUUUAAACUGAUUCACGAGACUUUGAAUUAUAUAUAGUUAAUCUGAGUUCUACUAUUUUGAGAAUUUUUUAUGUAAUCUACUGGUUUAGGUACAUGAUUUGGCAGAUGGUGGAGAAUAUUAAAUUGCAGAUAUUGAGGAUGGUUCAUUACUUCACUUUGUUUCUGUUUUUUAUAUUUAAUAUGAUCUAUAGAGUUGGGUGUAUCAGUGACCUGAAAUUUUGCUUAUUGCAAUAUACAAAGAAGGUGCAGAAAUCAAAGUAGGCUAUAUUUAAAUUUAAUUCACUAGUCAACGGAUGUUGUUGCUGCUUAUGCAAGGUUCACCAUUCUUCAUGAGCAACUUACCAAGAAUUGCUCAAAUUUUGGGAUCUGGUUUGUCUUAAACAGUAGAAAUCCAUGUGCAACUUCCUUCUAUUCAAAACCAAAACCACAAAUUAAGAUUCCAUAUGCCUCUACGGCUCUACCUUCUACUUGUUAAAUCAUAGAGUUCAUCAAGGAGAAAAAGAGUUGAGGAGAGCUUUGAUUUGAUAUCUUUUUCCUCCACUUCCAUGGCAAAGGAUCAGGUUUUUAUCUUCAGUUUCCGUACUUUAUGCUGCAUCAUUUUUGUUUUAUCUGCAUUCUCAUUCAUCUCUUACCUCUAUUGGUGUCAUUGCUCUGGUCCAUGCUAUAGCCAAGACCAAAUAAUAGCCUAUAAGCAAAAUAAAACCAUUAAUUUACUUUUGUUCUCUUCUGCUUGGAACCAUCUUUCUUUUCCUUCAAAACCAUCACAAAAGCUUCUUAAAAUUGCUCUUUUUGUCAAGAAAUGGCCUCAUAGAUCUCAUGCAGGUGGUCUUGAAAGGCAUGCCUUGACUCUCCAUCUUUCCCUUGCCAAACGAGGCCAUGAACUUCAUAUUUUUACCACUUCUUGCUUUAACUGCUCUUUCCCCACAUACCCUAUAAAAAAUCUCUACUUUCACCUCUCAAAACCAACUGCUGCUGGUUAUCUUGAUCAAGCAUCAGUUUGGAAGCAAUUUCAGACACAAAACACAACAGGGAAACCCUUUGAUGUGGUCCACACUGAAAGCGUGGGUCUUAUGUAUACUCGAGCACGAAAUCUGAAAAAUCUAGUUGUUAGUUGGCAUGGGAUUGCAUAUGAAACAAUUCAUUCUGACAUCAUUCAAGAACUUUUGCGUACUACUGAAGAGCCACAGGCAUAUGCUUUAACUGAAAGAGUUGCCAAGGUUGUUGAAGAGGUUAAAUUUUUCCCAAGCUAUGCUCAUCAUGUUGCUACUAGUGAUCAUUGUGGAGAUGUCUUGAAAAGAAUAUAUAUGAUCCCAGAAGAGAGAGUUCACGUCAUUGUCAAUGGUGUAGAUGAAGAGGUUUUCAAGCCAGAUGCUGCCAUGGCGAAGAAUUUUAAGCAGAAAUUUGGUGUUCCUGAAAGUGGACCAUUGGUUUUGGGAAUGGCAGGGAGGUUGGUGAAGGAUAAAGGACACCCCUUAAUGUUUGAAGCCCUGAAGCAAAUGCUCAUGGAAAAUGAUCAUUUUCGUGGAAGCAUUGUUGUUCUGGUUGCUGGAGAUGGUCCUUGGGGUACUAGAUACAGGGAUCUUGGGACCAACAUAAUAGUUUUGGGGCCACUGGAGCAAGCUCAAUUGGCAAGGUUCUACAAUGCAAUUGAUAUUUUUGUGAAUCCAACUCUUCGAGCGCAAGGAUUGGAUCAUACUUUAUUAGAAGCAAUGCUCUCUGGGAAGCCUGUAAUGGCUACAAGGCUUGCCAGCAUUGUGGGCUCUGUAAUUGCUGGCACAGAUGUGGGUUAUACAUUUUCACCAAAUGUAGAUUCUGUAAAGAAGGCUCUCUAUAGGGUCUGGGGUGAUGGCAGAGAAGUUUUAAAGGAAAAAGGUUUUGUUGCUAGGGAGAGAGGGUUGCAAUUGUUCACUGCCACCAAAAUGGCAGCUGCUUAUGAAAGGCUAUUUAUUUGCAUAUCAAAUGAUGAGAGCAAAGGUGAAAACAAUUGUGAUUACCAACCUCCAUUCAAUUAA